GGGGGGAGCCGCGGGAGCCGCUCCCUCCUCGCCCAGCCCGGCCCGGCGGCGGCAGCGGCGGCGGCUGGAGGAGGAGGCGCAGCGCGCAGACAUGGCGGCCAACAUGUACCGAGUGGGAGAUUAUGUUUAUUUUGAAAACUCCUCAAGCAAUCCAUAUCUGAUCAGGCGGAUAGAAGAACUUAACAAGACUGCUAACGGCAACGUGGAGGCAAAAGUAGUGUGUUUUUACAGACGACGAGACAUUUCCAACAGCCUUAUAAUGCUUGCAGAUAAACAUGCUAAAGAAGUUGAAGAAGAGUCUGAAACUGCAAAUGAACCUGAUUUGACUGAUAAACAGAAACAUCAGUUGAAACACCGAGAGCUCUUUCUUUCUCGCCAGUAUGAGUCCCUUCCUGCAACACACAUCAGGGGAAAAUGCAGUGUUGCACUUCUGAAUGAGACAGAAUCCGUGUUGUCAUAUCUUGAUAAAGAGGAUACUUUUUUUUAUUCACUGGUAUAUGAUCCAUCACUGAAAACGCUUUUAGCAGACAAGGGAGAAAUCCGAGUGGGACCUCGAUAUCAAGCAGAUGUACCAGACAUGCUUACAGAAGGAGAAUUAGAUGACAGAGAACAGGCAAAGCUGGAAGUAAAAGUGUGGGAUCCAGAUAGCUCCCUUACAGAUCGUCAGAUUGACCAGUUUUUAGUUGUAGCACGCGCGGUUGGCACGUUUGCUCGGGCUUUGGACUGCAGUAGUUCUGUCAGGCAACCAAGUUUACACAUGAGUGCAGCUGCUGCUUCUCGAGACAUCACUCUGUUUCAUGCAAUGGAUACCUUGCAUAAACACAACUAUGACUUGAGCAGUGCCAUUAGUGUUCUAGUACCACUUGGAGGGCCUGUUCUUUGUAGAGAUGAAAUGGAAGAAUGGUCAGCAUCAGAAGCUAGUUUAUUUGAAGAAGCUUUGGAAAAGUAUGGCAAAGACUUCAAUGACAUACGACAAGACUUUCUUCCUUGGAAAUCGCUGACUAGCAUCAUUGAAUAUUAUUACAUGUGGAAAACCACUGACAGAUACGUUCAGCAGAAACGUCUGAAGGCUGCUGAAGCAGAGAGUAAACUGAAACAAGUAUACAUCCCAACUUACAACAAGCCAAAUCCCAAUCAGAUAUCCAGCAGCAACGGGAAGCCAAGUGCAGUGAAUGGAACCAUGGGAGCAUCUUUUCAGACACAAACCUCACUAAUAGGUCGGGCUUGUGAAAGUUGUUACACUCCACAGUCUCAUCAGUGGUAUUCUUGGGGUCCCCCUAACAUGCAGUGUAGAUUAUGUGCACCUUGCUGGAUUUACUGGAAGAAAUAUGGUGGCCUGAAAAUGCCAACACAGACAGAUGAAGAAAAACUAGCUCCCAGCCAAACCACAGAGGAUCCUUGUAUUAGAACUCAUAUGUCACGCCAGGCCACACAGGGAACGCCAGUUCGUAACACUGGUAGUCCAAAGGCAUCAGUGAAAACGCGCCAAGCUUUCUUCCUUCACACAACGUGUUUGACAAAACUUGCCCGCCAGGUCUGCAAAAAUACCCUCCGGCUGCGGCAGGCAGCAAGACGUCCAUUUGUCCCUAUUAACUGUGCUGCCAUUAAGGCAGAAUAUGCUGACAGACAUUGUGAAGUCGUUGGAAGUCCCCUGAAGAUCAAAAGCACUAGAAAACCACUAUCAUAUAUCAUUGGGUAUUUAGAGAUUCAUCCUGCAAUAAAACCUAAUGUAAUCAGAUCAAUGCCGAGCCUUCAGAGCCCAGGUGCAAAACGAAUGCUUGCAACUUCUAAUCAUUCAUCCUUAAGUAUUUUGGGGAAGAGAAACUACAGCCAUCAUAAUGGCCUUGAUGAACUUUCAUGCUGUAUUUCAGACUGAGAUGUCCUCUUUCCUUCCUCCUUGAAUCAAGAGUUGCUUCAGCUCCUGGAGGAACAAAUAUUGAUGCGCACAGCUGUGACCAAGGACUGGACAGCUGUUUCCUGCUGCAUUUGACUAGGAUCUCUUCCUCCAUCCCCCAACACACAACACUAUGGGGAAGCAACAUGAGCAGUUGAUGAAAUGAGAUCUCAGUCUAUCCCCAUUUUCUGAUGCCAGUCUAGUCUGUCUCUGCCUCCAUAUUUUUAGCUACUCAGGAGUAUAACUUUUGUCUACGAGUGGGCAAGACUUUGUCCUUUCAUCACCCCCACUAUUUUUGUUGGAAGCUUGCAACUGUCUUUUAUGUCUAGCACAGAAGAAUGUAAACAGUCUAAUUGACAUAUCAUUGAGAGACUGGAAAAUUUGACUCGCAUCUUUCUUGGACCAGGGAAAUGUAAGAGCAUUGCAUGUAUCUGCUUCAUCAUGAUUCCUCAGAUGUGUAUUAUGUAUGAAAGUAUGUGUACAGAAAGAGGGUUUCACAGUCAGUCUGAAUGUCUUGCUUAGAUAUGUGCUAGCAUCUGUGAUAUAGCAUUUUGCUCUCAUCUUGACUUGCAAAAAACUCUCUGAUUACCAGCAACUCCAUUUUAUUUUUCAAUCGGGAUUUCAGACGCUUUCCUGAGAUGGUAGAAUGUCACGUAGGGUGCAUAUCUAUGGAGACCAGGUGACAUUCCAUCAAUCAGCUUCCUGAAUUUGAAGUUUAAUUUGCUAACCUGCCUAUUGCUGUUGAUAUGAAUGCUUUUAUUGACUUUGUAUAUAACUUGGAGUACUGCUUAUUCGUUCAGUUAGCAUCUUUUUUACAGAUCAACUGAGCACAUUUGAUAUAUACGGUAUUAAGACUCAAUAGACAAUGAACCCCAAACGCCAUUUUUACCAUCAUUUUUCUCCACGGACCCACCCUUUAAAAUUCCAUGUAGUCAUCUUUAGCUUAUGACCCCAUCUUCCUCAAAAGUGCAGAACAAACCACGCUGCUCAAUGGUCAAUUUGAACUCCUCACAGUAUCAGUUUUGGACAUGCUUAUUCCAGUCCCUCUCUCUUGCUGCAUAAUCUCUCUUGAAGUUUGGAAAUCAUCCUUGAGUAACUUAAGUGAUGAAGGCUUGCUUGGUCCUUCAAAAAAUAUGCCAGUUUUUUAAAGCUAUAAGUUCUGUAAGACUUGGCAAAACUGUUGGCUUUGCUUACUUUUCUUACUCUUCCUACUGCUUCUCUGAGAGGCAAAUGCUAUGUGUUGCUCCACGCUUGCAGCUGCAGCAUCUUAAUUAACAAGCAGUUUUCUCUGUAGCAGUUGCCAGUAGUGAUCAAGUGGAGAGUAAAGUUAACAGCUACUUUCCACUGUGCUAAACAAAUUAUCUUUGUGACUCACGUUGCCUCAAGUUCCAGUAACUCAAGUGAAAUCUCAGUGCAACUUUCACAUAUUGGAAAAGCAGUUGAGCACAACAAGAACUUCCAUUUCUUUUCUUAGGGCAUGUGUAAACGAAACGGGGGUGCUACGUUGAAGCGAUG